CUUAGGUUAUAGCGGAGCUCCGGCGCGCGAAGCGCGCCAGCGGAGCACCAUGUAAUAAUGAUCGCCUUUUUUCCGAGAAAUAUACAGUGAAAGAUUAUAUUUCUAAUACUAAACUAGAAAAAGGCGAGCAUUAUUACAUCCAAACACGGUACAAGGAUCUUUUUUCCCAUUACAAUCUUAUUUUAAGAAAACUUUAAGAAAAAAUGUACCGAAAAGCGCUCGAAAAUACAAACGAAAUGUGCUCAUGCCCCCUGGGCAUCCUAUAAUACUCCUUAAAUAAUUCAAUAUGACCGCCGUAUCGGUAAAAAGGUCUAUUGUGAAACACUGCAUUCUGACCGAGGUCUGUAUGAUAAAAACAGCGCCUCAUGGUACUGUUUCACCUCAGAUGUGGUGUAUAAAAAGUAUAAAAGGUUAGGUUUACACGUCCCCAGACUUGUUGGCUAGAUUUUGUAAAGUAAACUUGUCGAACGCAAAAAAUUCGGCCUGAUGUGUUUUCCAAGAAUUUUUUUUUAACGCCUCAUCUACUGUGAUCAAGAGCCAUUAUGGCUAUGUUACUGGGUGUACAUAUAAGGCUAUUAACUCGAUGCAAGAUUAAGUUCACUCUUAGCUUGGACUGUUUGCAAAUUAUUUUUUUCUCUAAAAUCACUUAGCCUUUCCCUCAAAAGAGUCACAUGAAUGUGCUCUAAAGAAACGUGUUUAUUGUUUGAUUUAAAUUAUAAAUUCGAGUUGAUAGGAGCUUCGCGUUUAGGCCUGGCUAAAUCUAUAUAUUAUGCGACUUCUCGCCUUUCAAAUUUAGAACUAAGAUAGUUUGGAGCCAACCCGUGCAGAGACCUGUAAACCAUUGUAGCUCUUUAAAUUUGUUGCUGGCAAGCUAGGUUUUUCCACCCUAGAAGUUUGAAAAGGUGACCAGCAUCUACGUCAUAGCUUGAGUAGGUCAAAACACGGGCUGCUCUGUUUUGUAGCUUUUGAACCUUAUUCCGUAAAGUUAUCCCACAGUUUCCCCGAACAAUGUUGCAAUAAUCAAUUUUCGCGGUUCAGUGUUAUAAUUUGGCGUUUUUCGCGAAAAAGAAUCCUCGUCAAAUUUAAACACGCGAAAUUCAAUGACCAAAUAGUUCAUAGAAUAUUCAAAUCACAGAAAAGAUGAUAAAACAUGUAAUUAUAACAGCAUAUACACAGUACAAUAAUAAUUUGAGAAAUACACGAAUAAUCCACUGACUUUUAGUAAGUUCCGUUUUGUAUCUUCUAUGAAAGAGGGUGUUUUAAAUUAAUUAAUAUUCGCAUACUGAAGAAGAAACUCUAGCUAGUAUCCGGCCUGAUGCCCAUACAGUUAAUCUACAAAUUUAGAAUGUCAGAAACGUUGGGGAAAAAAAUCACCGGGAGAACAUUUCAAUCGCGAAAUUCAAUGCCUUUUGUUCAUGUCCUAUUAAUUAUUGAAAUCGCGAAAACCGGAGAUUGAGAUAAGACCCCGCGAAAAACUGUUACGAAUGUAACCACGAAAUUAACUACCAGUUACCGUAAAAUCCAGAGAAUAGGCCAGGGGCUUAUAUUUUUUCAAAGGCCCUUUUUGAGGGGCUUAUAUUGGGAAAGAAAUUUGCGUUUCAAAAUCGAUUGGGCUAGCCUUAUAGUGGGAAGUAAAUUUACCAUUUUUGGUUUUACUUUGUAUUUGAGGGCAGGUUUUCCAAGUACAAGCUUCCCGGGGGCAUAUGUUCGGAGGGGUGAUUUAACGGAGGGUUUUUUAUGUUACCGGUUUGGGGGGGCUUAUAUUUGGAGGGGCUUAUACAUGGAGGGGCUUAUUUUCGGAAUUUUACGGUAGGUUUGUAAAACUUCCUACUUUUCUUUCAGGCGUUCCUUGUCCACAGGGCUGGGUUCGAUUCAAAGGAUACUGCUAUCUUGUCAAUAGCUCUAUCAAGACUUGGCAAAAUGCCCAAAUGUACUGCAUAGAACUGGGAGGAAAUCUGGUGAAAAUCAACAGCAAGGAGGAAAACGAGUUUGUACUAAACCUCGUAAACAAGCUCGCCCCAUCGCUGAAGCAGAUUUGGAUCGGACUCAAGUGGGACUCUCACGUAAAGGCCUUUGUGUGGUUCGAUCAUUCAGUCCCUACCUUCACCAAAUGGUCCUCAAAUGAACCAAAUUCAAAUGGUAUGGAGCCUUGUGGCAACAUGUGGACUGGUCACGCAGGGGAUUAUUUUAGGGCAUCUGGCGACUGGAAUGAU